AUGGCAUUUACUUGGCCAAAGUUUAUCGUGCUUAAAUCCGAGAGGGCUAACCAAUAUUUGAGCUGUCGAGUUUCGAGUUUAAAUGGGCGAGCCGAAUGUUUUGAAACUCAGGCUUUGCGCACUCCAUGCACAAAGUUUGAGGUGCAGAGAGCUAACUCUAGCGCCCAAGACGGGAGAGUCCUACGGGUGUGUCAAAAGUUCGGAAACUCAGAUUUUGAGCCCAUAUGCCAAAUUCGAGGUGGAGAUGGCUACAAGUCCUGGCACGGAUGGCUUAGUGCACAUAAGAGCUGUCAAACUAACAAAUAUUGGGUUGCUGGCACCAACAGCGAGAUUACUGUGACCGCGAAGAAGCCGGAGGAAGACCGAUCCAACGAGUUGUGCACAUUGUUCAAGAUUGUCUCUGUAGAUGAUGCGGCAUCUGAAGUCCGAAUCAGGCAUGUGCAAUCGAAACGAUAUUUAAGGAUACUAGACGGAACUUGGCGAGCGUCUGCAGUGUCUGAAGAUUUCGAUUAUUCUCACAAUGAUUUGUUCGUGCUCAUUGAUUGGGACACAUCCGUAAUUCUUCCAAAGUAUGUGCGUUCAAAGGAACUGAUGUUUGCAUCGAAAGAUAUUGGUGAAUCAGAUGUGACAAUGGAGAUUUUCGUGACUAAUGACGGUAACAUUCGCAUCAAGCCCGAUUCUUCCACUAAAUUUUGGAGGCAUAAUUCGGAUUCGAUUGUGGUGGAUUCUGAUUACACUAGCAGCAUUAACAACAUGGACACCGUGUUCCGCCCUGUCAAAGUUAACGACGACUCAAUAGCUCUUCUCAACUUGGGCAACAACAAAUUCUGCAUCCGCGACGCAAACACGAGUUGUCUUGCUGCACAAGUCUCCUCCAUUACCAAGGAUGUCCAGCUGAAGGUGGAAGAGCCUGUCUUGGGAAGGAAAAUUUUCGGCGUCAAGUACGAUCUCGAUAACGCCAGGUCUACGACGAAACCGUCCUUGUUGUGGCCAGGAAUUCUGCUAGUAGGAGCCAAAACCACCCUGCAAUUUAACAUUCCAAUCAUUUUAGAUGGGAAGAUCGAGUUAUCUGGUGAAGUUCAGACUGGAUCUGAUUGGGGACAGACCACGACGACAAGCAAGGUCGUGGAAGUUGUACACCAAGUUAAAGUGCCUCCGAUGACAAAGGUGACGGUGGAUUUGGUUGCGAAAAGAGGCAAGUGCGAUGUUCCUUUCACGUUCUUGCAAAAGGACAGUCUUUAUAAUGGGAGUGGUAUUGUAUAUGAAGUGCAAGGUAACACUUACACAGGUUCUAAUUACUACAGCACCGACUUCCAAACCAAACAAGAGUCACUCAGCUCUUCGAUCUGA